GACGAUCCUUAUCUAGAAAACCAUAGAAGGGAUCUUGUCAUCAAUGCAGCUCGCCAUCUGGACAAAGCCAAGAUGAUACGCUUUGAAGAACACACAGGGUACAUGUUUUCUACAGAUAUGGGAUGUAUUGCCAGCAAUUUCUAUAUCAAAUAUGACACAGUGGAGGUAGGUUGCUGUUUUAUUUUUGUUCAUGAGGAUGACAAUGAAUUUUUUUUUGGGCGGAGGGGGGGAAGGGAAAG